CGUCUGACGUUAUGGAACAGAAUUUAUAUCGAAAAAUAAUCAUAAAAACUGUUUACGUCGCCGAUAGGACACGAGCAGUGUCUUAAAAAGCCGUCAUUUGACGGGCCGAGUGUCGAACGUGACGUCAACCUGUCUGGAGGAAUUGAACGCAGCGCGUGUAACAAACCGGAAAUGGACUGUAACGAAACGGAAGUCCCGACGAUCGACGGUGGAAAACGAAAAACAAACCUCGUUCUGUGUUUGACUCGGGAUCCGGUUGUAACCGGGGAAUCUGAAUUCUUCCUCCUCCUCUGAAGUAUGAUGUUUGGUGCCGCUCGCACCGGGAACCGUUCUGCGCCUUUUGUAACCUGGAAGCUGCAGUGACGCCGAACGGCCGCUUGGUGACCGAAACAUGUUUCCAGCAACCGAUCCGGUUCACAGUGGGACGGGUGUCUUCUACCAAGCAAUGCCUGCUGUUGGAGCUGACGGAAAGAACAUCAUGAAGCUAAUUCCUGUUCAGAUGGUCAACGGACAGUUUGUACAAUCUCAAAUCAGCAAAUCCUCAUUUAAUGUUUCAACACAAAAAGCUAUAGCCUUAAAGAUCGCUUCACCACCGGUUCAGCUGGCCAACAAGACGACCCAGAAAUAUACAACUCCUGAGCAGUUUGUCCGAAAACAUGUUUCUCUUGUGAGCACUUUGCCUCAUCAAAUUGCAGUAAAGGGAAGAAAUUGUGAUGUUAACAAUUUACUGAAUAAGUAUCAGCAACCAGGACAGAUGGUAAACUUAAUGUCCGCCGGAGAUCAGACCACAACAACUACAACAAACGUUAGACAGCCAGCGCCAGUUCCAAGUCAGCCCUCAGUCACCGUCAGACCUCCCGUCCCUCCGAGUGGACAGAACCUUCAGAUUCUCCAGAGUACACAAAUCAAAAAAGUCCCACAAUCUGAACUUCGUCCAGGUGUUAGGAAACAGAUUUUUACUUCAAGACCCACCAUCUCUGUAGCUUCGAGCUCGUCCACCGCAGCCUAUGUAUCGCCAUUAACAUUUAUGAACCCAGACACCAUGGCCUCCAUCAGCAGUGCUGCCCAGUCACACAGAGUACUUACCAAGACAUCAGGUCCGUCUCACAGUGGACCUUCUUAUGGAGCAUCAAAACCUCAUUUAAAAUUAAUUCCAAAGGUUUCAGAGCGGCCUGAUAGCCCCAUAAAGUGGGUGAUUGAAGAUGAAGACAACUCAUCUCUGGCUCCAAGUCUUGAUCCUCUAAAUAGUCCCUCCAUUACCUCUGAGAUCCUCCGUACUGUGGCACAGAGAGAAAAUGCCAAAAACACACAUGAAAUAAAAGUUACACAACCUCCACAGGCAGGUCCAGCAGGAGGCGCACACGGGCAAGACAGCGCUCUGCUCAUGUGCAACGGCAAGGUCUUCUUUGUGACCAAGAAGUGUGGCUUGUCAUUUCAAAAAGAUGGCAGCACGAACUCUGACUCAGCUACAGCUUCAGCACGUGUUCCUGCAAUCGAUAACACCUGUGUGACCUUGUCCAAGCAGGUACGUGUGUCAGAUGCAUGUCAAAGCUUGCUGGCUGCACACUGCCCACCUCAGAGCGACGACGUAAUUGAUCUUUGUGAUGACGACUAUCAGGACGACGUGUCCAAACAAGCAACUUCAGCACUCAGUAGGACAGACGUGACUCCUGUGGAUGAAGACAACGUAAUAUUCGUCUCGUAUAUUCCACCCCAGUCAGUUUGUAGCUCCGCGGAACCCACCACGGCCGUGAGUGAAAAGACAGAUGAGCGGGAGCCUGUGAGGAGUGUGGACAGUGGGGCGGGACCACAGAGGAGGCGUGGCUGGGACACAUCAUCAAAUGCAGUCCCUGAAUGUUUCAUAGUCAGUGACACUACGGUCAGACAUCCUCUCAUGGAAAAAGCCUCCGUUCUCAGAGGAGACCAAAGCAGUGAGAGAAACGCUACCAAUACACACACGAAUACUACGAAGUAUCGUGGUUUAACAAUACUGAACUCGGAUAAAGAGAACAGGGAAAAGAGUCUGCAGAGGAUUUCAAAUGUGGACAAUGAUCUGGAGACGAUGGAGCCUUCAGGCGCCAGCGCAACAAGAGAAUCAUGCCUCGGAAUACCGAGGGACAGACAUCAAACAAAGACAUCAGUGUGGAGCUCAUCACCAGCACCAGAACCCUGUCAGCCCACUGACCUUCAGCCCAUCGACCUUCAGCCCACCAACCUUCAGCACACUGACCUUCAGCCCACCAACCGUCAGCCCACCGACCGUCAGCUCAGGCUGAUGUUUGGGAUAACAGCUGAUGUCAAAGUUUGCUUGCAGUUCAUCGAUGUCUCUGUCCGUGAAGAAGAUCCACAAUAUGAGACCAAAACUGAGGAGCGUGUUUUCUCAAACCAACCGGCCAACAUUUCUGAGCAGCUUUACUCUUCACGAGAAGACGGCAGCUCCAGUGGUCGAGUCAACACUGGAGGAGUGAGACCGGAAACUGAACACACGUGGUCAGGAAACCUGGAAACAGACAUCAGUCCUGUUGAAUGCGUAAGGACAGAGUCUGUCCUUUCCAUAGAUGCUCAGUGUCACAGUAGUCAAACUUCACAGCAUGUGGAGUUUGAGCCUGCUGCUUACAUGGAACCAGUCGAUGAAGAUUUAACUAUCACAGAUACAAGUGGCACCUUUAACCACCCACUGUCUCCUGUGGAGCUUGAUGGAAGCGUAAGGAGAGUGGGUCGAGCAAGGAAGCGCACAAUGUGUCCGUGUUGCAUACCUGCUUCUAAUUUCACAGAAAAGCCUGGUGCAAGGACUGAAGAAUUAGAAACAUCAGAGACACCAAAUAAAAGAAGUGGGAGAAUAAUGAGAGCUGCAAGAAAACAUAGAAAACUGACAGCAAGAAUGAAAAGAUUUCCAGCUGAGACGUCUCCAGUGUCUGAAGGUCCCGCCGCUAAUGGCUUAUCCGCAAUGUCGAUGGACUGUGACGAAGUAAAAUUACAUGAACAAAUAAAAAGACUAAAAGACCUUCUGAAAGAGAAGGAGACAGCUCUUGAAAAGAUGAGAAAAAGCAUUGGCUCACCCAAAAAGUAAAAAAAAUUCCAAACUUU